UACACAAUUGUGGAAUAUUCUCACAAUUUAUUAAACCGAACGGAAAACAAAACCCAUAAUUGUUGAACAAAUGGACAAAAAAACUAAUAAUUACAUCACCGUACGACCUAUAAAAAGUAUUAUCAGCAAAGAUGAGCACUCAGAUGAAGUGGAUACGGAACAUGGCAUGCAAAAACGUACCAAGAGAAAGAGCAGAUUCAGAAGAUUGAAACGCGUGACAAAAUCGCCUUGGUCAGAUUAUGAAAAAAGUGUUAGGCCCAACAGACACAGAAUAAUAGAACAGAUAUAUGAAAGACAUGAGAAAAAAACUUUUAAUGAAUACUUUGAUAGGAAAGAAAGCGUUAAACUGGUUGAAAAAAUCGAUUUUAUCGAUGAAAAUGUUCUGUAUAAGCACAAAUUGGGCGUGACCGGACUUGCAUUGUUCGAUGAAAACAAUAUUGUAUCAUGCAGCUUUGACAGCAAGAUCUACGUUUAUAACAUGGUUGCAAAGAGCUUAAAGAUCUUUUCUGGUCAUUGUAAGGGAGUGACCGGUAUUUUUGUGAAGGAACCGUUCGUUUACUCCGUUUCGUUUGACUGCAAGUUGAAGGUAUGGAAUUUACGAAACGAGAGAUGUGUAUUCAGAAAGGCCUUGGACGUAGUUCCUCUGAAAAUUUUUGUUGACAUGUGUGAUGUAGAAGACGGUGUUGUAAGUGCUGAUCUAAGUCGAGAGGGCAGCGUUAGUGUGAAAGGUCGGUUAAAUGAAAUACGCAGUGACAACGAAAGUAGUGCGCAGUAUUCCAGGAGAAAAUCUAUGAAUUAUACCUUUCAUUCUUGCAGGCGUAAAAAUGUACAAAAAGAUGAUAAAAAAAUGAUAAGUUGGUCCAGGAAUAUCAAUUGCAUUAUUAUCGGCACAUCGGAAGGCAUAGUUGUACUUGAUUGUAGUUCUGAAGAGAUAAAGAGUGUUUUGCUGGGUUUUGUGCUGGAUAUCCAGUCUGACGCACAGUCUUAUUAUGUUUUGACAUCCAACAGAGAUCUUUACGUCAUAGAGAAGGCCACGUUCGAGAUAUCGAAAGAAUUUAGGGAUGUAGACUGUUUUGCCGUUCAUGGAGCAAAGCUCAGCAUGGGAAAAUCAGAACAAGUACUAAUCUAUGAUAGUGCCACAAAAGAAUGUACGGAAAUAUCAUCAUCAAAUAAUUGUCUGUUGGCAACAAAUGUAGAUGGGACGAUUAUUGCAGCCAAGACCGAUGGUAACAUUGAAAUUAUCAAAAGCUUAGCAAUUAAAAGCACCAUUGAUGGUACCGAUUCUAUUCAGAGUGUUUGUGCAGCCAAUGGUAGUUUUAUACUCAUUGGUACGGAAAGCGGAUUGAUCAGAAAAUACAGCCUGGAUUGAAGAACUAUUUCUCUUGUACAGGAUGUUUCGUGUUUUGUAAAUAGAAGCGAGUAAAAAACAUCUCAACCAUUCGUUUUGCUACGACAUAAAAAAUGAACUUAACGCAAGCGAACAUAAUAACAACCAGGAUAAAAGCUGUUGAUACUAUUCUAGGCAUAUGGUGCACCAAGAGAAUCUGUUUGUGUGUUGAUGUGAAGUAUGAGACGA